UCGCCGCUAGGCGCUACAAGAAAAUUCGAUUUGUUUUUACUGAUUUUAUUUGUUUCGUAUUCAUAUAAUUAUGUUCAUUUAUCAAGUCUAGAAUAAGUUCGAUCAUAAAGCUUAUUUAUAAAUAUGAAUCUCGAGCUGCUAGAAUCAUUUGGUCAAAAUUAUCCUGAGGAAUUUGAUGGAACAUUAGAUUCCAUAUCGCUAGCAGCUACAUGCGCGUUCAACCGAAGAGGAACCCUGUUAGCUGUCGGCUGCAAUGAUGGAAGAAUAUUUAUCUGGGACUUUCUGACGAGAGGCAUUGCAAAAUCUAUUUCAGCUCAUGUGUAUCCAGUUUGUAGUUUAAGUUGGUCACGGAAUUGUAAAAAGCUACUAUCAUCAUCAACGGACCACAAUGUGUGUAUAUGGGAUGUGCUCUCCGGUGAAUGUGAGCAGCGCUUCCGGUUCCCCACGCCCAUACAGAGGGUGCAGUUCGAUCCUCGCAAUGAUAAGCGCUUCCUCGUGUGUCCUAUGAGACAUGCAGCGCUGUUAGUGGAUACAGACGGUGCACAUAAGAUACUGCCUAUUGAUGAUGAUGGAGAUAUAAAUGUAAUAGCUUCUUUUGAUAGACGAGGGGAUCAUGUAUAUACUGGCAAUGCUAAGGGAAAGAUACUUAUAUUAGAUUCACAGACGUUAGCAGUUAAGGCAAGCUUUAAAAUCACGGUCGGCACAUCAAGCACUACUGGUAUUAAGAGUAUAGAAUUUGCUAGAAGAGGAGAUUGUUUUCUGGUGAACACAUCGGACCGUGUGAUCAGAGUGUAUGACACCAACACAGUUCUCAAGUGUGGAAUCAAUGGAGAACCGGAACCUAUACAGAAGUUACAGGAUCUUGUUAAUAAAACAACAUGGAAGAAGUGUUGUUUCUCCGGGGACGGCGAGUACAUAUGCGCUGGCUCAGCCCGGCAACACGCGCUGUACGUGUGGGAGAAGGCCAUCGGCAAUCUGGUGAAGAUCCUCCACGGCACUAAGGGCGAGCUGCUGCUGGACGUCGUCUGGCAUCCUGUAAGGCCCAUCAUCGCCAGCAUCAGCGCCGGUGUCGUAUCCAUCUGGGCGCAGAACCAAGUAGAGAACUGGUCAGCAUUCGCGCCAGAUUUUAAAGAGUUAGAUGAAAAUGUGGAAUAUGAAGAGAGAGAGAGUGAGUUCGAUGUGGAAGACGAGGACCGAUCCGUGGACCAGGCGGGAGAAAGCCGAAAUGAUGAGGAGGUUGAGGUGGACGUGACGACAUGCGAGCCGGUGGCUGCGUUCUGCAGCUCGGACGAGGAGGGCGAGGACGAGGGACUGCUUGCCUUCCUGCCCAUCGCGCCCGAGAUAGAGGACCCUGAGGACGGUUGGGCGGCUACAUCAGAAGUGGUGACUCCGAGUGCGACGCCAGAAAAAGCUGAACCACCCGCCAAGCGAGCACGAGCUAACACUAUAGAUAUCAACUUGAAGAUCGAUCCGCCUGAAAACCCACUACCGUUUGGAGGCAAAAACAAACAAGCGGCAGGAAACAAGAAAGUCGCAGGCAGACCCAGAAAAUGAAUUAAGAAUCGUAUUAAAAAUAUAUUAUAUUUUAAAUCA